UCGGGGGCGCGCGCGCGACUUAAAGCAACGCGUCGUCCCGUGUUGAUGUGUCGCAGAUUUGAAAAGUGAGCCAGGAGAAGACUUUGCGCGGCGGUGAAGCUUUGCGCGGCGGUGAAGCGAACAACGAGAAGCCUCGGAGGCGUUUUGCUGGCCCGGACGAACAUCUUUUCCUUUUGAACGCCUUCCUCUUCGCUCCUUCUUCUUCCAAUUUUGCCUGGACGGAGGCUGCUCGUUCGGAGCGGGGAUGGAGCUGUCAUCCAUCGGAGACCAAGUGUUCGCAGUGGAGUCCAUCACGAAGAAAAGAGUCCGAAAGGGUAAUGUGGAGUACCUGCUAAAGUGGCAGGGAUGGCCCCCAAAGUACAGCACUUGGGAGCCAGAGGACAACAUUUUGGACCCUCGCCUUGUCCUGGCCUACGAGGAGAAUCAACAGAAGAUCAGAGCUCUGGCCUAUCGCAAGAAAGGUCUCAGACCCAGAAGCCUCGUCCUGCGGAACAUUUUCGCCAUGGACCUCCGGAGCGCCCACAAGCCCCCGGAGAAACCUCCGCCCCGUCUGCGCCUGUCGCUCACCCGCGCCAUGAGCACGGAUGUGGACCAUAGCGAGCGGGGAGGCGCGUACUGUCGCCCUGCGAGGAGGAGGAGCAAGCAGCUGGCAACCAAGCGCAGGGCGCGCGACCGCUCAAACGGAGCUGUCGGACCCCGCGGGAAGAAAGUGGAGGACUGGGAAGACACCAGUGAAGAAGAGAAACAUGAGUCCGGAAGCACCUCGGAGGAGCGACGGGCAGACAGUUUAUAUGGUCAUUCUGAGUGCAGCUCGCCUCCCGUCCUGGAGCGGCAAGACUUCGAGAUGGACGUGGAGGAGGAGAACGCCACCAAAAUGUGGUCAGAUCCGCCAGACGGAGGCGCCUCAACCGUUGCAUGUGACAAUUCAAAGGACGCCGCCUCAGUGCUUGACGACAGAGCAGCGGAUGCGGUUACCGCGGGCAACAGGUCAGACGGUGAUGCGGGCGAGGAGGAGAUGAAGUCAAGGCCCGAGACUCCUGGUGUUUGCUUGAGAAAUGAUACGACCUCAGCGAUAGCGGGUGAAGGUGAUGCGCCGGUCCACAAUCAGAAGGUUACCACGACAACCACGACAACCGCUCAAUCAGAGCAUCCUGGGAAGGUGAUCAUGACCGAGGUGACCAUCAAUUCGAUGACAGUGACUUUUAAAGAGGCCGCCGAGGCAGAGGGUUUCUUUAAGGGCUGGUAGACGAAGGCACAUCCAUUCAACAACAAUAAUCCGACUUGCCCCUCAUUUUGUAACAUGUAAAUUGUCGUGUACGUAACAUGUUUACAAAGAUACACUCCUUUCCUGCUGAAAAGACAUUAUCGCUUUGAAAUUAACAAGUGGUGAUUAUUAUUAUUGAGGUUAUUUUAUUAGGAAUUUGAGAGAAACAAAUCGUGAGACAGCGGUCAAACCAACUCACUUCUUCCAUGCAGCUACUUAUGAUUGUUGUUGUUGAAGUUUCUUUUGAUAGGAAUUCCGGAGAAUCAGCGAGUGAGACACAGGUCAAACCAGCUCACUUCUUCCAUGCAGCUACUUUUUACAAAAAUGUCCUGAGUGCUUUCCAGUGCUCAGAUACCAUAUGUUCUUCUAGGUGUCUCAUUCCAUAAGCCCCUCUUAAAAAUGUGUUUGGUAAGGACAUGGCCAGACCAGAUCCAAGUUUAUUUCUGUCACAACAGAAAUAAAACAAAGUGAAGUAACGACUGCUGCUCAUAUGAAGGAAGAGGGAUGCACAAAAAAAAAAAAAAAAAGUACUGUUGCGUUUGCAGUCUGUUUAAAGUACUAUAAAUGCUACUUUGUUCUAUUUUUGUAUUACCAGUCGAUAGCCCACUCUUUACACUGCUAGCCUUUGUGGUUUUCAAAGGAAGAGAUAUGAUUUUACACUGCUGCUGUUACGCUUUGUACAAUAAUAUACUGUACAACAAGACGUACAUUAGAUCAGACAAUAGAGAGCAUUUGUUAUUUAUUGCAUGUCACGUGUAUAAGCUAAACUAACUUACUGUA